AGCUUCCAGAGCUUGGGGACCGCGACCCGCACUGUUGGGAAAGACAGGCUUCCACGUCCCACUUCCUGGUUGUCAGGAGGAAAAGCCAGGCUUUCCUCCCAGGAACAAGGGAGAGAGUCGAGGGCACAGCUGCUGUGGAGGUUCCUAAGGAGACUCCGACUGGCUUCAUUCCCUGCUCCCAGGAGACUGGAGACAGGAGGAAACCUCAGGUACCUCAGUGACCCCCGCCGGUGGACGUUUAUAUGAAAGACUGAGGUUAAAAUAGUAAAGACACAGACAGACAGGAAGACAGACAGACAGACGGACAAAGAGCAACAGAAACAGGGCAAGAGAUAGAGAGAGGCAGAGACCAAGAUUGUCAGACAGGUGGAGAGAGACCAAGAGUAAGAGACGGAGUUAGUUGGUGGGUGGGAAGUGGACUUGGGGAUUUCUUUUAACCCGCUGUGGUUUCCUCUGUGACGGAAGACAGCGGAGCUGCUCCCUGGCCAGCAAGAAGCCCCAACCUGGAUGAGUGAAAGAUGCGGCCUGAUGACAUUAACCCGAGGACGGGGCUGGUGGUGGCCCUGGUCAGUGUCUUCCUGGUCUUUGGCUUCAUGUUCACUGUCUCGGGGAUGAAAGGAGAGACUCUGGGAAACAUACCCCUCCUGGCCAUCGGACCAGCCAUCUGCCUGCCAGGCAUCGCGGCCAUUGCCCUGGCCAGGAAAACUGAGGGGUGCACCAAGUGGCCCGAAAAUGAGCUGCUCUGGGUCCGAAAGUUGCCCUGCUUCCGGAAACCCAAGGACAAGGAGGUGGUGGAGCUGCUGAGGACCCCUUCGGACCUGGAGUCAGGCAAGGGAAGCUCCGAUGAGCUGGCUAAGAAGGCAGGCCUCCGGGGGAAGCUGCCCUCCCAGGGGCAGGCCGAGGUGCCUGUGGCCAGCUCUAUCACUACUCCCACCCCCACGGAAGAAGGAGAAUGCCAGAGCCUGGUCCGGAGCGGGCAGCAGGAGGAGACGUCCAGAUGCCUGGACGGCUACCGUCCCUCCGGCAGUUCCCUCACCUACAGUGCCUUGGGUGCCACGUGCUCAGCCGGGGACAGGUCCGAGUGCCCCGAGCCGGAGGACAGCAUCUUCUUUGUGCCCCAGGACAGUAUCAUCGUUUGCUCCUACAAGCAGAACAGUCCCUAUGACAGAUACUGUUGUUACAUCAAUCAGAGCCAAGGCAGGUGGGGCCACGAGACGAUAGUCUAAGCCUUGCAUACAAGGGUCGCCGUGCUGAUAGAAACAUGACUACACUCAGCUCCCGAUGGAAGGAAACUGCCCGCUCCAACAGCCUUCACACUGUUAGAGACUGACCUGGUAUGUGAUGGGUGUGCCAACGUCUGGUGCCUGAGAGCCAUGUAAAUAGGCAUGUUGGGGACACAUUUUAGGGAGGGGUGGUGAGUGUUAAGGACACUGGAAGAGGCAAUGGGUAGGAGAGGAAGCAGUUCCGGUUACUUUUUAACAAUUUAAACUAUGUUGGAUGUUUUGUAAAUAACCCAACAAGUGCCACUCAGUACCUGCUGAAAGCAAGGCAAAUCUUGAGUGGGCUGCAAAAAAAAAACCCCGGCUAUUCAUAGGGACCCGGAGUUGCUUUAGGUCUGAAAAAGAUUGAAAGAAGAAAAAAACAAUGCUUCAUUAUAAGAAAUAAUUUUCUAUUGAAAGCCUUUCACACUUAGUAUUUGUUAAAAGAAGAAAAAAUCAGGACAGAAAAGCUGCAUCCCUCCUUAGGUAGGAUGGUUUCUGGAGAAAGGAGAGUUAAAGACAGUUGAAUUAUGUCAUUGAGUUUUAUGAUAUCUUAUGACAAGAUCAGGAAUUUCAAAUAAAGUAAAGUAAAUGUGACCGGCUAUGUGAAAAACUAACAUUUUUAGAUGGCUAUGUUACUUAUUAAAUUCUUCACUUAAAGUGACUUCCUGGUCUUUAUCUGAAGUGUUUUCUAACAUUUACUAUCAUUCAUGUAUAAUUUCUUCAUCAGGUGCAAAAUGACUUAAUGUAAUAUUUUCAUAGAUCAGAAAUUGUUUUCAUCCAGUCAAAAUGGAUUCUGCAUAUGUAUACAAGUGUCUUUAACAUUUUGGGAAAACAUGUACUGGUGAUUACUACUCUUAUAUAUGCCUUUUCAAAUCUAAAGACUGUGAAGUCAAUACCUUAGUCUUGAACUUUAUGCAGAAUUUAUAUGACAUGCAAUGAUUAAACUUCUGGAAAUAUCAGAAAUGUCAUUAUUUGUACUUUUGUUCAGCAUUCCCAAAGACAGUAAAUGCCAAUGAAAUGAGAGUUAAUCUACUAGGAUUAACCAAAGCCCUGUUUUUAUUAAGUUCAUCUGAUCAGUAAACAUUACAUGGCAAAGGUCUGCUUUAUUUCAUGUUUAAUUUUUUGCUGCUGAGGAAAAAAAUCACAAUGGGGCCCUAAAAAGUAUUUCCUCUUUCAUUUGAUCAACUGUAAUAGACAAGAGGUCAAUCAGCCAGAAUAGUAUCUGAUCCAGUUGAAGAGAAAUAUUGAGUUAUAUAUAGAAAUGGUGGUAUAUUUAAUCUUGAAGAUCAGAAUAAUUUUGCACCCUUUAAGGAAUGAUGAUUUCUUUUUAAAUGUCAGAUAGUUUCAGGCACUUUUUGCCAAAAGGGGAAUUGAGGACAAAAAGUUUGGGUAUAUCUCUUUGUGUAUUUCAGGUCCAACUCUGUAAUUCUCUAAGUAUGGCAAUUAUUCUUGUUUUUAAACAUCAUGCACUUAAAAAUCACAAUUUUCUAGUCAAAUGCAACAUCAAAAGUAUGUAAUUGUUUUUUGAUAGGGUUUAAAUGUCAGCAAAUGCGGUCGGUGAUCCUGGGCAAAUUUUAUCUUCUCACACCUCAGUUCCCUGAGAAGGAAGGAGUGGGACUGACUGACGCUAGGUUACCUCUUAGUUCAUUCCCAGGUUGAAUAUCCUAUGGCGUUGUGGCAAAGGCACUUUAUAUAUUGCCAAGAAAUGAGUUACAGCAAAAUGCAGGCCAAAGUUAUGCAAUUCAUGAUUACUAAUAUGUGACAUGGAUUGAAUUCUUGCUACUACUAAAAAGAAUUUUGUAAAUGUGUGAAAGCAGAUUUGUUUUAUUACCAAAUAUUUUUUUAUUCAGCAAAAUACAUUUCUGGGAAUAAAAUGAAGAUAUUCAGAGUAUAAUAUUUUUGAGGAGAAAUUUUUAAAUAUUGGAUCCCUAAGUAAUCUAACACAUACCCUUACACUAAAUGUAAUUUACUUUGGAUUUGGCAGGGAGGGAAAAUAGUUUCCUAAAAUCACAAUACCUCUUGAUAAUUCGGAUGCAUUUUGAAAGAGGGAAAUGAUAUGCUGAAGGAGGUGAAACUGUGUCUUGAUUCCAAAGUGUAAAUUCAGCCAAGAUACCCAAGCUGGAGCAUAUUUAGACAAUUGUUUCAAGACUUAGUCUCUAUUGCAAUUACCGUGGUAAACAAAAUUCAGAUAGAGUUCAGUUCAGGCUCUCUUCCAAACCUUACUAACCAGUUCCUUUGAAAGUGUUUUCAAUUCUAUGGAUCUUAAUACCCAUUGAUCUGUCAAAUGUGGGAAGAAAUAUUUAUUCUUUUAAAUGUGUUUUCCCUUUUGAUAAUAUCCAACCUCUGAUUGUUUAUUAAUAUCUCCCCUCUACACCUACAGCAUCAUUUAUUUGGUGAACUCACUGUUACUAUUCUUUUAUAACAUUGAAGAAAAUAUUUUUGAAAAUCCAUAGUCCCACUAUCCUAAUAGAACUAUAGUAUUUCCAUUUUAGCAUAUUAUCUUCCAGGCCUCCUCCAUAUGCAUAUGCAUAUGCAUAUGCACCUUACCUAUUAUAAUCAUGUGUUUUUCUUUAAUAUUUUCAUUAUAUCCUAAGUAUGUUUUCAUGUUUUUAUGCAGUGUCUCUAAUUAUCAUUUAACAAUUGUGUAAUAUGCCAUUUAGUGAUGUACCAUGAUUUAUCAUGCCAUACCUUAUUGCUAGUCAGAUACCGUGUUUUAUGGAUGGUUUCAUAUGGAUUUUUUUUUCUGUUGUUUGGUAACACGGCUACGUUAUUUGUUAUUUGCCCACAGAGGUAAAAAUUUACAAUUGAAAAAGCUGUAUCUUUAUAGAUGAGAAUGAGGGGGCAGAAAUGUGUAAAUGGAUAAAACACUCAAUAUUGUUGGUUUCCUCUUCACUCAUGUAGAUGCAAGAUGUAGGGUAAGAAACAAAAUUAUGCUUCUUCAAAAGAGUCCCCCAUUGGGACCAGAGCCAGUAUUUUUAAGAGUAAGUAUAAGAUGAGACCUUUCCCCAGUCAAGAUAUCACCAAUUUGUAUCUCAAAAUCAGAUUACAGUGGUGUCCAUCUUCAAGAGCUUAAGGUUGAAUAAACAAAAUGAAAAUAAAAGUAGAUAAUAAUAAGUACUUUGUAAUAUUUCAAAAGCAUUUUCUUAAAGUAUCUCACCAUAUAUUUUAUACUUAAUAUGUAUGUAAAUUGUUAUCUAUUAGUGACUUACAACUGAACUAGAAUUUCAGGAAUUCAAUAGACUCUACCCAUGAGUUUUCUAUGUUUCUGUUCCUCACUGGAAAAAUUAAACUGAAGAUGGAGAUGUGGACAAAUGCUUGCCUCAACCAAAUAUCUCAAUAAAGGACUGAAUUCCA